AUGGAAGGACAUCACGAACAGCUAGGGUAUACGUGUAGGUCCUGCAACCGCCAGGAUCCGUCGGAGAGUAAUCUGAUUAGCUGUGAUCAGUGUAGACAGUGGGAGCAUUUCAACUGUGCUGGAGUGAGCGAUACCCUGCAGAGUCGUCCAUUCAUCUGCAAGCAGUGCCAAGAUAAGGAUGUAGUUGGUUCGACAAUAUCCACCCGACUGCGGUCUAAAACCAAACGGGUGCCUUCGGGUAAGGAAUCAGGAAGCAAACCAGCUUCAAACGUAGGGAGCAAGGUCUCGUCCGUAGGCUCAAGCAAUCGAUCGUCGGUCAUGAAGGCGCGUCUGAAACUGAUCGAGGAGGAGGAACAAAUUAAACAGAAGGAACUCGACGAGGAAGAAGCUAUGAAGGAACUGGAGCACGAUGAAGCUCAACGGCAGCUGGAACAAAGGAAGAAGCAGAUUGAGGAGCAGGCCAAACUGAUGGAGCAAGAAUCACCUCUGCGGCAACGGAAGUUAGAAGCGGAUAAGGCGCGAUUAAUGAAGCAGCAAUUGAUUCGCAGAGAAUCGCUUGAAAAGAAAAAAGAAAUCCUGCUGCAAAUCUCCGAACGAGGCAGCGUAGUGGAAUCGUCAGCAAGCUCUUUAGAAAAGGUGUCCGACUGGCUGGCAAAAAACUUACCUCAUGGGACGACUGGUGGUAAAGCAUCGGAGAAUCGUAACGAUCGUCAAACCGAAUUGAUUUCCACGGCCCCGGAAGAAGUAUCGCCAAUGACCAUCAAAGAACCCGGCAUCAAAGCAUCAGUUUCGAUUCCCCCCGAACGUCUGCGGCGUGAUCAAAAAACAACCCUUCAUUUUUCUCAAGUCCCACCUGCUGGGAUGACCGUUGUAGAUUUCGAUCCUGGUUCUACCAAUCGGUUCAGAUUCCAUGGCGUUCAGUCGACCACUGUACGUGAGCCGUUCCAACGUUUUCUUGUUUCUGCGAAGCCCUCACAACCGUAUUCUGCUGCUGUGUACCCAAAUUCGUCACAGAAUCAGCAGACUUUCAUUCCCUGUCACGACGAAAGGUUUUCGGAGCAACCAACGCACUGUCAGCAAAAACCGUCUAUGCGCGGCGUAAUACCUAGUCUCCAGACUGUACCGCAGAUUUCUUUCUGCGAGCCUCACCCCGGCUAUCGUCAUCCGUCUGGCAUUCCAGAUCGACACUCAACGCUGAUCAACCAAGAAGAUGGAGUCAGAAUCUCGCAGGGAGGUAGCUCCUCGCAGGGCGAGACGCCAGGGAUACUCAACCCGCAGCAAAUCGCAGCCCGACAGGUCGUCGGUAAAGAUUUACCACACUUCAGUGGCAAUCCAACUGACUGGCCGAUGUUUAUCAGUAGUUUUGAGCAAUCCACGGUCACUUGUGGAUACUCGAACGCUGAAAACCUUGUGCGUCUUCAAAGAUGCCUUACCGGACAUGCACGAGAGUCAGUAAGUAGCAGACUUCUGCUUCCUGCUAACGUUCCGCAUGUCAUUAGUACGCUUCGUAUGUUGUAUGGUCGUCCGGAGCUGUUGAUUCGUUCGUUACAUGAGAAAAUACGUAGAACUCCGGGACCCAGACAUGACCGUCCGGAAUCGAUCCUGGAAUUCGGCUUGGCUGUUCAAAAUUUCGUCGAUCAUCUUCAGGCAGCUCAGCAGGAGGAACAUCUUUCUAAUCCGAUGCUGAUGCAAGAGCUGAUCGAGAAACUCCCAGGACCCAUGAGAAUGGAUUGGGCAGCUUUCAAGAGUCUUCAAUCGCGUGCAACGGUUUCUACGUUCGGUGACUUCAUGACCAGACUAGUAAAAGCGGCUAGUGAAGUAAGCUUCGAGCUUCCAGGGUUAUCAAAACGCGGAGACCCCGAUGCACAGCAACGAUCAAGAGAAAAGGCUAGGAUCCAAGCACACGCAGCAGAGGAUGCAACUCCGUUUCCCACAUCGUCAGCAGUACAAACGUCGAGGCCACCCAAAAAGUGUCGAAUGUGCAAUAACGAAGGUCACCGUGUUGCCGAAUGCGCACGGUUCAAGCAAUUGAACGUGGAGGACCGGUGGAAGCAAGUAGAAGACAAGGGUCUCUGUAGAACUUGCCUCAAUAAUCAUGGGAAAUGGCCGUGCAAAUCGUGGAAAGCGUGUGAAUUUGAAGGGUGCCGUCUCAAACAUCACUCUCUCUUGCAUUCGUCGUCUGCUCCUGUCACAUCCACCCACUCAGUCAAUGUUUCAGCGAACGAACUUCCAGCGAACAACAGUCAAUCGCUCUUCAGAAUUCUGCCUGUCGUACUUUACGCACACGGCAAAUGUAUCACGGUAUUCGCAUUCAUCGAUGAAGGUUCGCAGGUAACGAUGCUGGAAGAGAAGGUUGCCAAGGAGCUCGGAGUUUCUGGUCCAAAGAAACCACUCACCUUACAAUGGACGGGGAACGUGAAGCGAGACGAACUCCGAUCAGAGGAAGUCAGCAUGCAAAUAUCAGGCAAACAGAAUGAGACUCGAUACGAACUUCGACAGGUGCGCACCGUCAGUCGUUUGCUUCUACCAGCGCAGAGGCUGAGCUACAAAGAGAUGGCUUCACGCUUUCCGCAUCUCAAGGGACUUCCAAUCGCAGACUACGACCUAGUGCAACCCAAAUUACUAAUUGGUUUGGACAAUCUUGGCCUAGGAGUUCCACUGAAGAUUAGAGAGGGAAGAUCGUCCGAUCCGAUUGCUGCGAAAUGCCGUCUGGGAUGGAGUAUUUAUGGCCGUCUUUCCACGAAACCUGUACCAGAAGCGAUCGUCAACUUCCAUACCCCUACGGCGUCAAGCUCCGACUACCUUCUCAACGAACAACUGCGAGAUUUCUUCACGCUCGACAACAAUGGAGUUAACGCUUCGUACGAGACACUCGAGUCAGAAGAGAAUAAAAGAGCGCGACGGUUACUAGAGAAAACAACACGACGCAUGGAUGAUAGAUUUGAGACAGGCCUUCUGUGGAAAUCCGACGAUCCAGAAUUUCCAGAAACAUAUCCGAUGGCAAUUCGGCGAAUGAAAUCACUCGAGAAGAAACUAAUGGGUAAUCCACCGUUGGCGGAGCGUGUAAGUGAACAGAUCCUCGACUUCGAGAGAAAGGGAUACAUACGCAAACUAACCAAACCGGAAACAGAUGGCAUUGAUUCCCGAAAGACAUGGUUCCUUCCUCUCGGGGUUGUCAUUAACGCAAAGAAGCCCGGAAAAAUUCGGCUGAUCUGGGAUGCGGCCGCUACAGUUCAGGGAGUUUCAUUUAACUCGUUUUUGCUGAAAGGACCCGAUCUUCUCACUGCUCUUCCAAGGGUUCUUAGCGGUUUCCGAUUGUUUCCGGUGGCAGUAACUGGAGAUAUUAGGGAAAUGUUUCUCCAGAUAAAGUUGCAAGAGGAUGAUAGGAACGCUCAAAUGUUCAUCUACCGUCAUAAACCCGGUGAUCCUAUUCAGGUCUACGCUAUUGGAGUCACAAUGUUCGGCUCUACCUCGGCGGCUAUUAAGGAGCAUCACUACGUGGAUGACUACCUUGACAGCUUCAAAUCUGUAGACGAAGCAGUACAGGUAGUAAACGACGUGAAAUUUGUCCACUCCAAGGGUGGAUUUGAAAUCCGCAACUUUUUGUCGAACGAGGGCGAAGUAUUGCGGCGAACUGGGGAGAUCGAACCAGAUUCGUCGAAAGAGUUCGCUCUUACACGUGGAGAGGCUGCCGAAUCAGUACUCGGGAUGAAAUGGAUUCCAUCAGAUGACGUCUUUACGUACACCUUUGCAAUUCGUGAAGAUUUGAGAAUGAUCCUCAAAGAUAGUUACGUCCCCACGAAGCGGGAGGUCCUGAAGGUGAUUAUGAGCCUAUUUGACCCUUUAGGACUCGUAGCAUUUUUCCUAGUCCACGGAAAGAUAUUGAUGCAGGAUGUCUGGGCUUCAGGAAUCGACUGGGACCAAAAAAUCAACGAUCAAGUCUUCAUCCGUUGGCGACAAUGGAUUUCCUACUUUCCGCAACUGGAUACAAUGCAGAUCCCUCGGUGCUACUUCAGCUCUCCGUUCCCUAAAAACUUUGACCGGUUGGAGAUACAUAUUCUUGUUGACGCCAGUGACUCUGCAUAUGCCUGCGUGGCCUACUACCGACUUGAAACCGAGAACGGAAUCCAAAUGGCAUUCAUCUGCGCGAAAACCAAGGUGGCCCCACUGAAAGUUUUAUCGAUUCCUCGCCUGGAAUUGAAAGCAGCUAUAUUGGGCGUCCGCAUGUUGGAGUCCAUUCGAGGUUACCACACCUAUGCCAUCAACCGGAGGGUGCUGUGGAGCGAUUCUAGCACGGUGUUAGCGUGGAUUAAAUCUGAACAUCGUCGGUAUAACAAGUUUGUCGCCGUUCGCAUUGGUGAAAUCCUCACGACAACUGAUAUUGAAGAAUGGAGAUGGGUACCCUCUGGGAUGAAUACAGCUGACCUUGCCACUAAAUGGAAAAGCGCUCCUGAUUUUUCAUCCGAUAGUCCAUGGCUUAGUGGACCAUCGUUCCUUCUACAGCCGGAAACACUCUGGCCCCAGCAAACUCAAAUCACCACUACAUGCGAGGAAUUGCGGUUGAACCAUACCCAUUCCACGAUUCUUCCGUUGAUUGAUGUAUCCCGAUUCAGCAAUUGGACUCGACUCCAGCGAACGAUGGCGUUCGUACUACGAUUUUCAGAUAACCUGCGUCGGAAACGGAAUGGUUCUAUACUGCGAUUAGGCAUUCUAUGUCAGGACGAGCUGCAACGAGCCGAGAUGGUACUUUGGAAAAUAGCACAAGCAGAAGCUUAUCCCGAAGAAAUUGUCAUUUUGUCAGCAACACAGGGACUACCCACACAACGUCACCAGAUUGUCUCGAAAUCCAGCCCCAUCUACAAAAACUGGCCCUACAUCGACGAACAUGGAGUACUACGGCAACGUGGCGAAUCGGUGCAGCAACCUUUGCACCGACCGAAGCUAAACUGGUUCCAUCGCCGUUUCCGCCAUGCCAAUCGAGAGAUCAUCGUCAAUGAGAUGCGGCAACGUUUUGAAAUCGCUAAACUACGCGCCCUGAUUGAAAAGGUUGCCAAAAGCUGCAUGUUGUGCCGAGUGAGGAAGGCAUUGCCAAGCCCUCCUGUGAUGGCGCCGCUCCCUGCUGCAAGACUUCAGCCGUUUACCUCCGUCGGAGUAGAUUACUUCGGGCCUAUACUGGUGAGAGUUGGUAGAAGCUCCGUAAAGAGAUGGAUUGCCUUGUUCACCUGUCUCAGUGUUCGCGCAGUACAUUUGGAAGUAGUUCAUAGCUUGUCUACCGAGUCGUGCGUCAUGGCUGUGCGACGUUUUAUAGCCCGGCGUGGAUAUCCAGCCGAAUUUUAUUCGGACAAUGGGACAUGUUUUCAAGGCGCGAGUAAGGAGUUGCAAAGAGAGGAGAUUAAAAGACGGAACGACGCCCUAGCACAUACGUUCACAACCACCAAGACACGAUGGUGCUUCAUCCCACCGGCUGCACCCCAUAUGGGAGGUGCAUGGGAGCGUCUCGUAAGGUCGGUAAAGGUGGCCAUAGAGUCCAUAGCCAACGUUCCACGUAAACCGGAUGAUGAAAUCCUCGAAACAAUUUUUCUGGAAGCAGAGGCUUUGAUAAAUUCGCGACCCCUGACCUACAUUCCGCUAGAGUCAGCGGACCAGGAGGCCAUCACUCCGAAUCAUUUUCUUCUUGGGUCCUCCAAUGGCGAUAAGUUCCUUCCGUACGAAACCGUGGAUAGUCCAAUGGCUCUUAGAAAUAGCUGGAGAUUGGCGCAGUCUAUAACACAAGUGUUUUGGGCAAGGUGGGUGAAAGAAUACCUGCCGGUAAUCACGCGCAGGUCGAAGUGGUUCAAGGAGACCCGAGAUAUAGCUGUAGGAGACUUGGUGUUGGUUGUGGCUGGAAUGGCGAGAGACCAGUGGAUUCGAGGACGAGUAGAGGAGGUGAUACCCGGACGUGACGGGAGAGUUCGCCAGGCGGUGGUCCGGACAGCAACCGGAAGCAUUCGACGGCCAGCAGUGAAACUAGCGGUGCUUGACGUGAAGAGUAGUGACCCCAAACCGGAAGUCCUUGAGAGGCAGGAACGUAACUAG